AGAGAGAGCGCGUGUCCGCUGCCCAAUGACAGCGCAGGAUGCUAGACUGGUGUGAAUGGAGUUGCUGUCUCUGAAAGGUGAUGGAGAGGAAUUAACUGUAGAAAAAGAUCUGUCGACGUUAAGGCCCUCCACCCACACAGGCAUGCAGUGAGCCACCUAUGUGUCUCGCAGAGAGAGGGUACACUGUGAUCGUUGCAGCGCACCCCUGGUAAGGACCCUGUGGCGUGCGUCCGGCCAGCCCAGGCCACACCUCCCUCACCCAGGACAUGUACGGCAGUGCCCGAGCAGUAGGCCACAUCGAGAGCAGCCCUGCACGGUCCCCACGACUGCCUAGGUCCCCCAGGCUGGGCCACCGGCGGGCCAGUAGUGGGGGUGGGAGCAGUGGAGGGGGCAAGACGCUCUCCAUGGAGAACAUCCAGUCGCUGAACGCUGCCUACGCCACAUCCGGGCCCAUGUAUCUGAGCGACCAUGAGGGAGUGGGCUCCACCGCCACCUACCCCAAGGGCACCAUGACGCUGGGGCGUGCCUCCAACCGGGCCAUGUAUGGGGGGCGUGUCACGGCCAUGGGCAGCAGCCCCAACAUCGCCACGGUGGGGCUGGGCCACCACACUGACCUGCUGUCCUACAGCGACCUAGGCUCCCUGUCCAUGCUGCAGCACCACCACCACCACCAGGGGGUGCCGUCUGCCCUGCUGCGGCAGGCGGUACGUGGUGGUGGGGGGGAGCUGCUGGAGAUGCAGGCCACACUCCGGGACAUGCAGCGGGAGAACGACCUGCUGAGGAGAGAGCUGGACCUGAAGGACAGCAAGCUGGGCUCGUCUACCAACAGCAUCAAGAGCUUCUGGAGCCCCGAGCUGAAGAAGGAGAGGAUGAUACGUAAAGAGGAGGCGGCACGCACCUCCGUCCUCAAGGAGCAGAUGAGGGUGACUCACGAGGAGAACCAGCACCUGCAGCUGACCAUCCAGGCCCUGCAGGAUGAGGUGAGGACCCAGAGGGAUCUGAACCACCUGCUGCAGGAGAGUGGCGGCCGCUCUGGGGAACACUACACCAACAUCGAACUGACCGAGGAGAACUUUAGACGACUGCAGGCCGAGCACGACCGACAGGCCAAAGAGCUCUUCCUUCUGAGGAAGACCUUGGAGGAGAUGGAGCUGCGGAUGGAGACCCAGAAGCAGACGCUGGGGGCCAGGGACGAGUCUAUCAAGAAGCUGCUGGAAAUGCUCCAGAGUAAGGGUCUGCCUGGGGGGCCAGGCAGGGUCAAUGAGGAGGAGGAGCAGGAGAGGGCCAGGCGCAUCGCUGAGGCCGAGGCACAGCUGGGACACCUGGAGGUCAUCUUGGAUCAGAAGGAGAAGGAGAACAUCCACCUCCGAGAGGAACUGCACAGGAGAAACCAGAUGCACCAGGACCCUGGCAAAACCAAAGCCCUCCAGACCAUCAUAGAGAUGAAGGACACCAAGAUAGCGUCUCUGGAGCGCAACAUCAGGGACCUGGAGGAUGAGAUCCAGAUACUGAAGGCUAACGGCUUGCUGAACACCGAGGACAGAGAGGAGGAGAUGAAACAGAUGGAGGUCUACAAGAACCACUCCAAGUUUAUGAAGACCAAGAUUGACCAGCUGAAGCAGGAGCUGUCCAAGAAGGAGUCUGAGCUGCUGGCCCUGCAGACCAAGCUGGAGACCCUGAACAACCAGAACUCAGACUGCAAACAGCAUAUAGAGGUUCUCAAAGAGUCCCUCACUGCCAAGGAGCAGCGUGCUGCCAUCCUGCAGACAGAGGUGGACGCCCUGCGCCUGCGUCUGGAGGAGAAGGAGUCCUUCCUGAACAAGAAGACCAAGCAGCUGCAGGACCUGACGGAGGAAAAGGGCACGCUGGCCGGAGAGAUUCGAGACAUGAAGGACAUGCUGGAGGUCAAGGAGAGGAAGAUCAACGUCCUCCAGAAGAAGAUUGAGAAUCUGCAGGAGCAGCUGUGUGAUAAGGACAAGCAGCUAGGGAACCUGAAGGACAGGGUGAAGUCUCUACAGACUGACUCCAGUAACACUGACACUGCCCUGGCCACCCUGGAGGAGGCACUCUCUGAGAAGGAGCGGAUAAUAGAGAGACUGAAGGAGCAGAGAGCGAGGGAGGACAAUGAGAGGAUUGAUGAGGUGGAGUCCUAUAAGAAGGAGAACAAGGACCUCAAGGAAAAAGUCAACACCCUCCAUAUGGAAUUAACAGAGAAGGAGUCCAGUCUCAUUGACCUGAAGGAGCAUGCCUCCUCCCUGGCCUCCUCCAGCCUGAAGAAAGAAUCCAAGCUCAAGUCUCUGGAGAUGGCCAUCGAGCAGAAGAAAGAGGAGUGUAGCAAGUUGGAGACACAGUUACAGAAGCAAGCAGAGCAGCUGUUUACUCAGAUGAACAACCCUAAGGCCCAUGAGAUCCAGCAGGUGGGAGUGGGCUCCAGGGGGAAUCCAGAGUAUGUGGAGCGGGAGCGGGAGCAGCGAGUCAAGGUCCUAGAGAAGGAGGUUUCCUACUAUAAGGAGGAGUCUGGCAAGGCCCAGGCCGAGGUGGAUAGGCUACUAGCCAUCCUCCGAGAGGUGGAGACUGAGAAGAACGACAAGGAUAAGAAGAUCGCCGAGCUGGAAAGCCUAGCUCCCAGGCAGACCAAGGAGCAGGUUACUAAGAAGGGGGGUCCCAACCUCAAACUUGGCCCCCAGGGGGAAAAGAAGCCUGGUCAGAUAAUGGGGGACCCUCGAAAAGACAACACCAUGGACCUUGGUCAGCAUUUGAAGUUGGAGGAGAUGAUGAACACCCUAGAGAGAACUAGACAGGAGCUGGAUGCCACCAAGCAGCGCCUCUCGUCUACCCAGCAGUCCCUGCAGGAGAGGGACGGUCACCUGACCAACAUGAGACAGGAGCGCAGGAAACAGCUGGAGGAGAUCCUGGAGAUGAAACAACAGGCCCUGCUGGCAGCCAUCAGUGAGAAGGAUGCUAACAUCGCUCUGCUAGAGCUGUCUGCCUCUGGGAAGAAGAAGACCCAGGAAGAGGUUCUGGCUCUGAAGAGGGAGAAGGACAGAUUGAUGCACCAGCUAAAACAGCAGACACAGAGCAGGAUGAAGCUGAUGGCAGACAACUAUGAAGACGACCACUACCACCCCCAUCCUCCCUUCCAUUCCCUACCCCAGCAGCCCCACCCGGGUCUACAGCCUCAGUCCCCCCAGCCCCAGUACCAGCACCCACCACAUCCCCAGCAGCAGCACACCCCGUACCCCCAUGCCCCACACCCCCAGCCCCCACCCCAACAACACCCUCACCCCCAGCAGCCUCAACAGCAGUACCCCCCUCAUCCCCAACAGCACCCACAGGGGCACCCCCAACAGCCCCAACAACACCAACCACGGCCCCAGCACCCGCUGCAAGCCCAGCACCCACACCCACAACAACAACAACACCCCCACCCAGGACAGCAUCCUCACGGGCCUCCGCCACAGCAGCAGCACCCCCACCCCCAACAGCACCCACAGCAGCACCCUCACGGCCCCCUGCAGCAAGCCCCCCCCCCCAGCACCCACACCCCCAACACCCCCAGCAGCACCCCCAUCACCCUCCCCAUGCCCCGCAACAGCAAGGCGGCCACCCCCGCCACCCGCCCCACACCACCGCGGAGGACCAGGGCCUGCCAGAGGACCCCCCAUGCCGGCCACCGCCCCUCCCACGACCAGGAUGACGAGGAGGGCAUUUGGGCAUAAUUGUGCCAAUGAUGACAACCAAAGCUCUGAUGUUGUUCUGAGGGAUGAUUCAGUCACUAUUGGAGGAGCACAGCCAUGCCAUGAUGCUGAAACACAUUGACUACCUGACCAAACAUUUUUUACCGCCACACAAUCCACACUUCAAAAUGGGGCCUUUAUUUUUACUGAGGAUGAGGAAGAUGAUGAAGAGGAGGAGGGAUGAAGCAGGUGGGAAGGUCAGACGAGGAGACUGAUAGUUGAGCAGAUGACUGAGGAGCCAUCAUGUGAAGAGCACUCUACAGACAUUGGAGAAACUGGCCAGCUCUUUGAGAGUGACUCUGUGGAGGAUGAGUGGCCCUACACAGACACAGAGAUGCUUUCUGUGAAGUUAGACUGGGUUGGACAGACUUGGUCCCCCUAACACAGACAGACACAGACAGACACAGACAGACACAGACAGACACAGACAGACACAGACAGACAGACAGACAGACAGACAGACAGACAGACAGACAGACAGACAGACACAGACACAGACAGAUGAGCUGUCUGGUCUCAGCUCCGUGGUCCUGCUCACACAGCCAAACUCACACAGCCACUCUGGCCUAGUUGUCAAGCUGCUCAGCUCACCUGUUGCCCCCCCAUUCUCACCAAUCAGCGUCUAAUUGGUUCACUCUCUUAACUCCACCUUGCUUACCUGAGCUGCCCUGUUUACCUGAUUUGCCCUGCCCUGUUCAUCCCUGGCUGGCUCUGACUGGCUCCCCUGUCUUCACAGUGCUUAUUUUACUCAUAUGUCGUUUUUUUGUAGUUUUCGCUUUUUCAGAGAUAGCCUGCUCUCUUCCCACAUAUUUUAUGAAGUGCCAUACAGUUACAGCUUUAGUUUACUUUUAAAUUGUUGUGCUACUUAUUUUUAUCAGAACAAGGAAGAGGAACCAAUAGGCAGCCACUAGAGCUAUUAUCUGACCAAUGGGCAGCCACUAUAGCUCUUCUCUGACCAAUGGGCACCCACUAAAGCUCUUAUCAGACCAAUAGGCACCAACUACAGCUCUUAUCUGACCAAUGGGCAGCCACUGGCCUUGCCUGUAGUACUGAAGGUUUACUUGUGCCGUUAAUGUGCAGUCUGGCAUGGCCUUAUGGGUAGGGCCCUGUACCAGGGGUUUGCUGGGCCUUUGGGCUUGGGGCUUCCAACUGUGUAUCUAUCCUGUUACUUCAGGUGAUACCCCAGUCACAGUUAAAACUCCAAUCUAUGCAGAUGUCAGAACUAAUAAUGCAGCUUUUAUCCAGUCAUGAGUCAAGGGCACCAAUCAAAAAGCAUUUAGAUGUCCUAAACCAGUACCAAUCAGAAUGGUAUUUUCAGAACAUACACCAAUCAGAUUACAUGACGGUGUGUUUCUCAGCAUGAUAUGCACCUCCUCCUCCUCCUCCCCUGUUUCAGGGAUACUUCUAAUGGUGCUUUUAGAUCACUGGUGCUCACAACAUGAUGUUCAACCAGAGACACAGUCAAGGGACACGGCCAUCACUAAACCUGGCUUGCUUAUGAACUGUAGAAGACUAUAUUGUACGUAGGAUCAGCUGGAGAGAUUUUAUAUGUGUAAUGGCAUCCAUGGACACCCAGGUGUAUGAGAUUUCCUGCCAUACCUUUAUAGCCCUCUCUCCGGCUCAUCGUCUCCCUACUCCCUCCUCUUCUUCAUGACCUCUUUUCUCAUCCUCUCUUCUUCUCUUUCAGCAGUCAUAGUCUGUGCUAACCCAAACCCAAGCCUAGUGACUUGUUUUUGUUCUUCUCAACAAGGUGGCCUUGUGCCUCGUUCAUAUUAUAUACAUAUUAUAGAAAUAUAUAGAAAGAGAUCUAUAGUCUACAUGUCUAUGUGGUCAGAAUAUUGUGCCAGGAAAAAAAGAAUGAGGAUAAAAAUACAUGUUGUUUUUUUUCAAACUGGCCUAAGGAUUUAAAAAAAAAAACAUAUUUAGUGUGUGGAGUAACGUUUGUGACUUUCCCCUGUUUUGUACAUUACAAGAAAAAAAACUGCACUCAACAUUCCCUGUAUGAAAACAGACUGGCUCUCACAAAAGAAAGUCUAGCCUAAGAAACCUUGAGACACAGUCCAAAGGAAAGUCUGGCUUAAGAAAUCUUGAGACACAGUCCAAAGGAAAGUCUGGCUUAAGAAAUCUUGAGACACAGUCCAAAGGAAAGUCUGGCUUAAGAAAUCUUGAGACACAGUCCAAAGGAAAGUCUGGCUUAAGAAAUCUUGAGACACAGUCCAAAGGAAAGUCUGGCCUGAGAAACCUUGAGACACAGUCCAAAGGAAAGUCUGGCCUAAGAAAUCUUGAGACACAGUCCAAAGGAAGGUCUGGCCUAAGAAACCUUGAGACACAGUCCAAAGGAAAGUCUGGCCUAAGAAACCUUGAGACACAGUCCAAAGGAAAGAAGACUAUUUCAUUCACAUUUAGAAGAGCUCUUACAUUCCUACUACAGCGUGAGAAAUAUUCUUUGAGACACACAUACACACUCACUAUAGUAUCAGUGAGAUUACUUCUGAAACUUGCACUUGGGAGUGAGGACUAUCACUACCAUUGUUAAAGUGGAGGGUUGGAGAGACUCCGUCAUUGCAGAUGCGUUAUCCAGUCUCAGUGUUGUGUGUUUGUUUGUUGUCAAUGUCAUUGUCCCGGUGUAUCCAGAUGUGGUGACAUACGUGACAGUUGAGUGUGUAGAGAACAACAAAAACCCUUCUAUUGGCAAAACCCUCCCCCUCCAUCACUACCACCACUAACCCCCUCCACCACUACCACCACUAACCCCCUCCAUCACUACCACCAC